CUCUCAUCAAUGGAGCUCCACCGUUCCAUCGUCUUUCUAGUUUUCCUCUUCCUUGUCGCCGGAGAAACUGUAUAUGGGAACGAAAAGCAUCAAGGGUUGAAGAAACUAAAUCUUCAUACGUACCGUGCAUUUCGACCGACGAAGCUUUUUGUCUUCGGAGAUUCGUAUUCCGAUACCGGAAACAACCCGAAAUCACUGGCUAGCUCUUGGAAAAACCCCUAUGGUGUCACUUUUCCGGGGAAGCCCGCCGGGAGAUAUUCCGACGGCCGUGUAAUCACCGAUUACCUCGCGAGGUUUAUGGGGAUCAAGUCUCCGUUGCCGUAUCAAUGGAGGAAAAUUGGGGGGAACAAGUUGCGAUCCGGUAUCAACUUUGCUUAUGGUGGAACCGGGGUGUUUGACACCGGCAACUUUCAGCCAAACAUGACCACCCAGAUUGGCUAUCUUCAGGAACUAAUUAACGAGUCCGUCUACACAAAGCGUGAUCUGGAAUCAUCUGUGGCUCUCGUCACCGUCUCCGGCAACGACUAUGGCGCUUAUACUGCUUCGGGUGGCUCUGACCAGGGUCUGCCAGCCUUCAUCACUCGUGUUGUGAGUCAAAUGGCGAUAAACUUGAAGGUAAUUCACAAUAUGGGCAUACGACGAGUGUUGGUGACUAGCCUACAACCUCUAGGAUGCCUCCCUCGAGCCACAGUCCUUUCUUCGUACCAACAAUGUAAUGCAACCCAGAAUUUGUCGGUCGAUUUCCACAACCAACUGUUGCAGAGGGUCGUGGCCACGCUCAACAAUAACACAAACGAUUCUAGUUUCAUCGUCCUUGAUCUUUUCAACUCCUUCAGCGUAGUGCUACAAAACAAACGAGCUUUCAUAGGGAGCUUGAAGUUUGAUGCUCCAUUGCUGCCAUGUUGUAUGGGAAUAAGCGUCGAUGCUAACUGCGGAAGUGUUGAUGAGAACGGAAAGGCGUUGUAUACGGUGUGCAAAGAACCGGAGUCUACGUUCUUCUGGGACAUGGUUCACCCGAGCCAAGCCGGAUGGCGUGCUGUGUAUUUAGCUCUUCGGCCGACUUUGACUCAAAUUUUCUACUAGCAUUAUUCUUUCUUUGUGUAUCUUUCUUGCUUGGAGUUGCCGUGUGUCGGGUCGACCACUUAGAUUCGAUCUUAGGUUGUCGUUUGGUUAAUUAAGGUAUGUGGUUUCUAGGUCUGUAAAAUUUGAAAUUUAAAAUGUAAUGCUAGAAGAGGAAAUAAAAGAGCAUGAGUUGCCAGCCAUUAUUCAUUCAGAACU